AUGUUGAAACUGCCACUGAAAGUGUCGAGCGGUCACACGGCGCACGACUUGGACGCUGCGACCCAGCGGAGGGUAAGCAGGCACCGGCCAGGAGACUUCCAGGAUGUGGUGAUGCUGCAGCCUGGGGGCUGGGUCAUGCUGCGCCGGUACCUCAAGCUGCACCAAAAGAUCUCCAGCUUCCAGUUUCGUGCUGACGACGUCGUCGUGAUGACGUUCCCUAAAUGCGGCACCACGUGGUGCCAGGAGAUCGUCUGGAAUAUGAGGAACAACCCCAACCUCGACAACCCUGACGCUGACCACGCCCUCUUCAUCCGGAGCCCUUUCCUUGAAGUCGACAUGUUGACUCGAGGCAGUCCUACGACAGAUCUAACUGCUCCGAGGAGACAAGCGUUCUUCAAAGGCAUCGAGAUAUAUAGUGUUGUCCCCGACUUCGAGAACGGCUUCAUGAUAGAGGUGUUGAUUCACGAUGAGUCGUUCCACAUAUACUGUAUAACUUAA